CUCUCUCUUUCUCUCCUCCCUCUCUCUCUCACCGUCUCGGCUGUUCACAUUCCCAGAUAGAAGUACCAAGAAAAUAACGGUUCAUUGAUUCAUCGCAUCGGACAGCAUGGCCUCUGGUGUCACAGUCAGUGAUGAAGUCAUUAAAGUCUUCAAUGAUAUGAAGGUCCGGAAAUCCUCGUCUUCAGAUGAGGUGAAAAAGCGCAAAAAGGCAGUGUUGUUCUGCCUUAGUGACGACAAGAAGAAGAUCAUCGUGGAGGAGGGCAGGCAGAUUUUAGUUGGAGACAUUGGAGACAGUGUUGACGAUCCCUACGCCUGCUUCGUGAAGCUCCUUCCUCUCAAUGACUGCAGAUACGGCUUAUAUGAUGCCACUUAUGAAACCAAAGAAUCCAAGAAAGAAGACUUGGUAUUUAUAUUUUGGGCCCCUGAAGGUGCGCCAUUAAAAAGCAAGAUGAUUUAUGCCAGCUCAAAAGAUGCCAUUAAGAAGAAGUUUACAGGUAUCAAACACGAAUGGCAGGUGAACGGUUUAGAUGACAUUCAGGACCGCUCGACUCUGGCAGAGAAGCUGGGAGGAAGUGUGGUGGUAUCGCUGGAGGGAAGACCAUUGUAGAGGGACCUGCCAUGUGCCAUCUGGAUUCCACACGCUUUCAUCUCAGCAGCUGUCUCUAUCGUUUCAUCCUGGAGGAAUAGGCCUAUAGUUUCUCUUUAUUUCUUUUACUUUUCUUUUGAUUUGUUUUUACGUUUAAACAUUGAGAUCUCAUUAGCAUACAGUCAGAAUUAUUAGCCCUACUGUAUAUUUUUCCCCCAAUUUCUGUUUAACGCAAAGAAGAUUUUUUUCAGCACAUUUCUAAACAUAAUAGUUUUAAUAAGUCAUUUCUAAUAACUGAUUUAUUUUAUCUGGCGUCACUACGUGGGGAAAAUGUAAUGUGGGUAUUUAAAUAGCCCAUUUAUCGUGUAAAAGGCCCAAAGGACUUCACAAUCAUGAGGGGGGGUCUCGUGUGUAGAUGUGUUGGCAGCCAAAGGACAACGGCUCCAGUGCGCUCUCUAAACACCAGCUAUAGGGGGAGUGGAGAGAUAGUGAUAGAGUCAAUUCAGUGGUUGGGAAUGAUUGGGAGGCCAUGAUGGAUAAAGGGCCGAGAGGGAAUUUGGGACACCGGGGUUACACCUGUACUCUUUACAAGAAGUGACAUGGGGUUUUUACUGACCACAGAGAGUCAGGACCCCCCAACACUCCCUCUCACUCUUCACAUUUUUACGCUAGAAUCCCCCCCCCCCCCCCCACCCCAAACUCACUUUUGUCAUUGAGAGCACACCCACCCCACACACCCUCGCUUUUCACUUUCGUUUACGACAACCCCUCGACCACCCCUCGUACGUGAGAAUCACCCCCACUUCCCCCGAUUCACUUUCGUCCGCGAGAACCCACACACCCCCGCUCUUCACUUUCAUCUGCAAUGACCCAAACCCCCCCCAAGACUAUUCACUUUCGUCCGCGACAACCCCCCCACCCCCACCACUCCCCCCUCGCUCUUCAUUUUCGUAUGUGAGAAUCACCUUCCCCCGAUUCACUUUCGUCCGCGAGAACCCACACACCCCCGCUCUUCACUUUCAUCUGCAAUGACCCAACCCCCCCCCCCCCCCCCCCAGACUAUUCACUUUCGUCCGCGACAAACCCCCACCCCCACCACUCCCCCCUCGCUCUUAACUUUCGUAUGUGAGAAUCACCUUCCCCCGAUUCACUUUCGUCCGCGAGAACCCACACACUCCCGCUCUUCACUUUCAUCUGCAAUGACCCAAACCCCCCCCCAAGACUAUUCACUUUCGUCCGCGACAAACCCCCACCACUCCCCCCUCGCUCUUAACUUUCGUAUGUGAGAAUCACCUUUCCCCGAUUCACUUUCGUCCGCGAGAACCCACACACUCCCGCUCUUCACUUUCAUCUGCAAUGACCCAAACCAACCCAAUAUCCAAACAAACCCCCCCCCCAAGACUAUUCAUUUUUGUCCGCGACAAGCCCCCCACCAUUCACCGCUCACUCUUCACGUUCAUACACUAGAAUUAACACCACUUUCGUCCGCGGGAAUCCACCCACCGCAAACCCCUUGCUUCACUUUUAUCCGCAACAACCCACCACCACCCCCAAGACUAUUCACUUUCGUGCACGACAAACCCCCCCACCAUUCCUCCUCGCUCUUCACUUUCGUACGUGAGAACACACACCCCCCAAAACCCACCCUAUUCACAUUUGUCCACGAGAACCCCUCCACCCCCCCUUUCAGUUUUGACCGCAAAGACCCACUACCCACACCCAAGACUAUUCACUUUCGUAUGCAAGAAUCUCCAACACCAACCCCCUCUUUCACUUUCGUCCGUGAGAACCCAUACACCCUCCUCUUCACAUUCGUCCACAAAAACCCACCACCACCCCUUCCCCAAAAAAACUACUUACUUUCAACCGCGACAAUCCCCCCACCACUCCUCCCUCAUUCUUCACUUUCGCACACAAGAACCCCCCACCCCUGCUCUUCACUUUCAUUCUCAACGACCCACCCCCAACUCCCCCUCCUCAUUUUCGUUAGCGUCACCAUCGAAAUGUUGUCAUAGGCCCCGUACCAGCUAGCGAUGCCCCUGAUAACUGUAUAUAAUAUUUGAUUAGAUAUUUACUAGUAUUCAGCUUAAAGUGACAUUUAAAGGCUUAACUAUGGUAAUUAGGCAAGUUAGGGUAAUUGGGCGAGUCAUUGUGUAGUGAUGGUUUGUUCUGUAGACAAUCGGUAAAAAAACUAAUAAUAUUGACCUUAAAAUGGGUUUUAAAAAAAGUUUAAUCCGGCCAAAAUAAAUGCAAUUAGAUUUUCUCCAGAAGAAAAAAUAUUAUAGGAAUUACUGUGAAAGUUUCCUUGCUCUGUUAAACAUCAUUUGGGAAAUAUUGGAAAAAAUUCACAAGGAGAGCAAAUAAUUCUGACUUCAACUGUAUGCAGAAAGUAAAUCUACCAAUUAGAUUGGUCGCUUUUGUACGUCCCCUGUCUCCCUCUGCGCGUUUUUUUGCCAAACUCAGAUGAUCACAUCUAUUAUAUGAUCAGCAGCAGCAGCUCAGUCUAUAUUUUAUGAUGUAUUUACAGAGAUAUUUUAUUAUGCUGUACGUUAAUGCCUCACAGCAGUGCAUUAACCAGAGACAAGCACUUUACAAGUCUGAAUCUAUUUAUUGAACUCUAAUCUGGCGAACACGUAAACUCUAUGCAGAUAAACAAAGCACUUUUACACUAGCAUUUGAAGGAGGACUUUGGGAUUUCUGUCAUACGUCAAUUUCGGGAUAGAAGUUACCACAGUUUUCAUUCCUGUUACGCAUAUGGACACAAACAGACGGGUUCGAACUCUGCCAUUGCAGCCUUUGAUUCAAACACACACCGCAGAUCGUCUGCUUGGAAAGUGUUUGUUUUAUUUAUUUUUUUGUUUUGUUUUUUGACACUACAUGACAGCGGAAAUACAUUAUUACAUGUAAAGAUGGCGGCCUGAUGUGAAGCAUUGUUUGUGAGAUCGAGGAAGGGGCCACUUUGAAAUAAAAUCCUGUGGCAGAAUUCUUGGAUGGGUUUUCUUGGCUCGGUUGACUGCUGUGGUCGUUUCAUCCGGGUGUCACUCCAGCGAUGUGAUAUGUCUGACAUGUGUUCGCUUUGCUCGUCAACAUGACCCUCAUUUGAUGGAGCUUCUCAAUUAAAGAUAUUUAUGUUUGCCA